GGUGUGGUGGAGCAGCAGCUCUGCCUCUGUGGUUCUGGACGUCCUGCGGGAGCUGCGGCUGGACAGACUCACGGAUGAGAGCACCGCUGCGCUGUGGCUCGAUGAACACCUGCGAGCGUUCUGCCGAGCGCGUCCGGGACGUUCCUGCAGUGUCUGCGCAGCCAGAACCUCAGCUGCCAGAGCUUCCAGAGAGUGGUUGGAGCGUUCGAUGCAGGAUUUUCCCGUAUGAAUGACGUUCAGCGCCGAACAGCCGUGUCACACUUCAUCGUCCCGUUCCUCUGGAGAGCAGGUGCGACGUGUGUGUCCAACGACAGCUCUCAGUGGCUCAUCAGUAACUUUGGCCAGUUCUCUGCCCUCGUUCCUCUGAAUCAGCUGAUCUCGCUCAACCCACAGUUCAACCCGAUGAGCAGCCUGCUCUAUCUCUCUCCAGAGCAGCUGGUCGGGCUGAUGUUUGAUGAUGUUCCUGGUCUUCCAGAGAAAAGUGUGGUCAUCAGUGCAGUGUUCGAUCACCUGACCGCGUCUCCACAGAGAGAGAGGAUCGUCUCCACGCUUCCCAUCAUGGUGGAGUCAUCAAAGAUGAGGAACGUCUCCUGCGCCUCAUAUCAGAUCAUCUUCCACCGCCUGGAUCAUCUGAUGGUCAGCGUGCCGGUGGAUCUGGAGUCAGUGAUUCUGAGGACUAAAUCAGCUCUUCUUCAGAACGUGCCGCAGGGUUGUGUGAGCUCCAGCAGACAGUGUGGCGCCACACCAGUGAACGAAACCACAGUGUGUGGGAGCACCAACAGCUCUGUUGUGUCGGCGUAUCUCGGCUCGUCUCAUGAUGGCGGUCGGCUCUGUGAAUUCAGCAUCACACAGUACGCUUGUGCACAGUUGACAGAUCUGAGCUCACAGGACCUGGCGACGGUGUUGUCAUGCGGACUCGACGGGAAUGACAACGUGUCCGAGGAGACGUGGAAGCUCUUCACGCAGAAGGUCAACCCUGUGCUGGGUCCAGCGCUUGACCUGCUCGCAGACACGAGGCUGAAUAAGUCCCGCCCCGCAGUCUUAUUCUUGAAUGUGAUUGGAGAAGUCACUCUGAGCUCUUUCAGCUCCACCAAUCUGAGAGAUGAUUCGUUCGUCCAGCGCUGGUUUGACUCCAGGCUCCGCCCAUUUUUACCCCACGCCUCUGAGACGUUCCUGUCCUGUCUGUCCACCAGAGACUUCAGCUGUGACACCUACAGGAGCGUUGUCAGGAGCUUCAGUCAGAGUUUUGAUGUAAUGUCCACCGAUACACAGGCUAACGUCUACGUUGACUUCAUCAAAGUCUUCCUCUCUCAGAACAGCACUGCAGGGUGUGUGAACGUCUCUCAGAGCAGCUCUGAUUGGCUGAUCAGCAGCUUUGGACGUUUCUCUGUUUUCACCACAGUCACUGACCUGCAGACACUCAACUCCAACUUCAAUGUGCUGGACACUCUGAGUCUGUUGAGCCUGAGGCAGUUAGUGGAGCUGUCCAGCACUCCUGGAUUCCUGUCCAGCGCCGCUGCGGUCGAUAAUCUACUGCUCUACGUGCCGGACGCUCAGAUCACUGCGUUCUUCUCAUCCCUCUCUUUUACACUACAGACGCAGGGCGUGGUUCUCCCGUCCCCCGUGCAGGAGGCGGUUCUGCAGCAGGUGUUUGACAGGGCCAAUCUGACCACAUUACCAGACGCUGAUCUGCAGAUCUGGAUCCUGAACAUACUGCCGUCCUUCAUAGCCAACAUUACAGUCCAACACGUGACGUCCUACUUCAGCAUCGUCCAGCAGCGACCCUGUCCCAUCAGCCAGCAGGCGGUGCAGCUGUUGAACUCGUCCAGCUCCACCUUCCAGCCGGAGACACAAGAUCAGAUCUACCAGCUGAUCCUCGGCUCUCUCACAGGCCCCGCCCCACUGCGCUGCUAUGGUAACCAGAGCUACUACGCUUUCCUGAGCUCCUCCUUCAUGAGUUUUCAGUUCCCCAAUCUGACCACCUUCCUGUCGCUGAUGCCGCCAGCCCGCGUGCCAGAGCUGAUGGAGUCGGUGUCUCCAGCGGAGGUCAGCAGUCUUCUCAACCGGCCGAAUGCUGUGGACGAUGUGACCCAAAUCUGCCAGCUUUUCAGAAAUUACCCAAAGACACCCCAGUACUUACAGACGGAGCCGCUGUUGCCCGUGGGUUUGGCCCGGCAGGUGUUGUCCUGCGUCUGGCCUCAGGUUCUGAAGGUGGACGUCCAGUCUGAGGUGAAUCAGUGGUUUGAUCAUCGACUGGUUCAGUACCUGCCUCUCCUCACCUCACAGUUCAUCGCUCCAGACGUCAUGCUAAACACCUCCUGUCUCUCCUUCAAGAAGUUUGUUUCAGCGAUGGCUACAUACAACUAUACUGCAGUGGAGUUUUCUCAGAGCGACAUCUACAACACCAUCCUGGUCUACCUCAACACCUCCUCAGAUUCAACUCCUAAAUGCUAUAACACCUCCAACCCGGAUCUCAGCUCCACCGCCUGGUUUGCAGACUACAUCUCAGACUUCUUGAGCUUCGUCACACUGGACGACCUCCUCCAGUUUGGCUCCAUUCAGCCGUUCCUCGUGAACCUGGAGAACCUGCAGCUCUUCGGUCAGACCAGCGUUCCUGAUGAAGUCUUGGAAUACUACGUGUCUCUGCUGUUCGAGAUGAAUCCGUCCUUCAGUGCCUACUAG